ACAAAAAUGGCUUCACUUUCUUCCCCAUGCAAGUCAUUCACCUUCUCCUCUACCAGCUCGUCCUCUUCAUCUCCCUUCCCAAAACCCUCUCAGCUUUGCUUACAUUCCGCAAAGCGUAGCCACCACCACUUGAAGGUCUCCUGCACCGCCGCAGACGGCGGCGAAUCCCAGCCCAAACUCGACAGAAGAGACGUCAUUCUUGGGUUGGGAGGCCUCUACGGCGGCGCUAGCCUCGUGACGACUCCACUGGCCGCCGUUGCAGAUCCCAUUCAGGCGCCGGAUAUCUCCAAAUGCGUCGUCCCUCCGGCGGACUUGCCGGCCGGCGCGGUUGUAGACAACUGCUGCCCCCCGGCGGCCGCCAACAUUGUGGACUACAAAGUCCCGUAUACCAGCCCCGCCGCCAUGAGAGUCCGCCCCGCAGCUCACCGCAUGGACAAGGACAAAGCCUACGCCGCCAAGUUCGAGAAAGCCAUCGAGCUAAUGAAGGCCUUGCCGGCCGACGACCCGCGCAACUUUUACCAACAAGCAAACGUCCAUUGUGCUUACUGUGACGGCGGCUACGUCCAAGUGGGGUUCCCGGACAAGGAAAUCCAAGUCCACAAUUCCUGGCUCUUCUUCCCUUUCCACAGAUGGUACUUGUAUUUCUACGAGAGAAUCAUGGGAAAAUUGAUCGGUGAUCCCACUUUUGCCUUGCCGUUCUGGAACUGGGACACCCCGGAGGGAAUGGUGAUUCCGUCCGUUUUCACUAACCCCAACUCCUCUCUCUACGACGAGAAUCGCAACAAGUCUCACCUUCCACCCGCCGUCGUCGACCUUGGCUACGACGGCAAGGACACACCUGCGACCGACCAAGAAACAAUUUCCAACAACCUUCUCUUGAUGUACAAGAACAUGGUCACAAACGCCGGCACCGCCGAAAUGUUCCUCGGAAAGCCCUAUAGAGCCGGAGACGCCCCUAAUAGUAACAAAGAGGGCAUGGGCCCUGGUUCCAUCGAGACUGUCCCGCACAUUCCUAUCCACAGAUGGGUGGGCGACGUUGAACCAAGAACCAAAAACGGAGAGGACAUGGGGAACUUAUACUCCGCCGGCCGUGACGUCUUGUUCUACUGCCACCACUCAAACGUCGACCGCAUGUGGACCAUUUGGCAACAGCUCGGCGGCCCUGGUAAGGGGCGGAGGAGGGGGAGAGACUUCACCCACAAAGAUUGGCUGGACGCCACCUUCCUCUUCUUCGACGAGAACGCCCAAGCCGUGCGCGUCCGAGUGGGCGACGCUUUGGAUAACCACAAAAUGGGGUACAAGUACGAGUAUACAAAGUUACCAUGGCUGGACAGCAAGCCUGUUCCUUCUAAGAAGACAGCAGGUUUGGCGGCGAAGUCCACCGCUCCGUUCGUGACGAGCGUGUUCCCGGUGACGCUGGACAAGGUGGUGCAAGUGAAGGUGGCGAGGCCGAGGAAAUCCCGGAGCAAGGAAGAGAAGGAAGCGGAAGAGGAAAUCUUGUUGAUUGAAGGUAUUGAGGUGGCGAUGGACGAGUAUGCCAAGUUUGACGUGUAUCUGAAUGACGAGGAUGAGCCUGGGGCCGGGAAAUUGAAGGCUGAGUACGCCGGGAGCUUUGCGAGCUUGCCGCACAAGCAAAAGGGGUCGAAGAAGAUCAGAGCCAGUCUGAGCUUGGGUCUGAACGAGCCCUUGGAGGACUUGGGCGCCGAGGACGACGAUGCAGUGCUGGUCACUUUGGCACCAAAGGUCGGUGGAGGCGUCGUUACGGUUGAAAACAUUAAGAUCGUCUGCGGUUCUUAGGCCCACCGCCGCCGCCUAUUUCCUAUGUGGCAACUUUAUCUCGUCCGAAUAAUUGUCACGUCACUUGUGUUUUGUUCUUGUGUUGUGUUGUGUUUUUGUUUAAUUCUUCCUGUUUGCACCUCUUUCACUUGGGCUUACUAUGACCAUAUUAUUAAAGUGCAACAUGUUAUUUGGUUAUGGAGCAAUUUUAAUUUGUUUGAGUUUCACA